UCUGUGCACUUGGGCGUUGGACUCUGCAUCUUAUUAGCAACAAGGGAAAUUUCUCCAUUUUCCACCCUGUCUACAGCUACACAGCAACAAAUCUGGGAUUUUUUAUUACUUCUCCUAACUUGGCAGGCUUUUUUUUGCCAUUUACCCGUUUUGUUCGCUGCAGCCGGACUUGGGUUACUUCUAGAGUAAACUUUUUUCAGGGAAGGGGGUCUUUGAACAGAUCUUGCAACAGAGGAGAGACGCUUGUGGUCUUUUGUUCGUUUUUUUGGAUCGGCUGAGUUUCUUUGUUGGACCGAAGGCAUGGGAGCGCAAUUCUCCAAAACCGCUGCAAAAGGCGAAACUGCCGCUGAAAAACCGGGAGAAGCCGCCGCUUCACCCUCUAAGGCGAAUGGACAGGAAAACGGCCACGUGAAGGUGAACGGCGACGCCUCGCCCGCGGACGCAGAGGCCGCCGGGAAGGAAGAGGUUCAGGCCAACGGAAGCGCCCCCGCCGAGGAGAGCCCAAAGGAGGAGGCGGAGAAGGCAGAGGCGGCCUCCGCGGAGAAGGAGAGCGCGGAGGGAGACAAGGAGAACGCCGAGGCAGCUGCGCCCGCCGAGGGCGAGGGCUCCGCCAAGGCCGAGGAGGGGGCCACGCCCUCCACCAGCAGCGAGACCCCCAAAAAGAAGAAGAAGCGCUUCUCCUUCAAGAAGUCCUUCAAGCUGAGCGGCUUCUCCUUCAAGAAGACCAAGAAGGAGACGGGGGAGGGCGCGGAGAACGAUGGGGCCGCGUCGACGGACGAGGGCAAGGACGAGGCCGCCGCCACGCCGGGGGCCGCUGACGCCGCAGAGGAGGGCAAGCCGGCCCAGGAGGAGGCCAAGGACGAGGCCGCCGCCGCCGUAGAGGAGGCGAAGGAGGAGGCGAGCCCCUCGCAGGAGGCCAAGUCGGAGGAGGCCGCGCCGGAGCAGGCCGCGGCCGAGGAGCCCAAGGCGGCCCCCGCGGCCGAGGAGCCCAAGGCCAAAGAGGAGAGCGUGGCCGAGGAGAAGCCGGCUGAGCCGGCGGCCGCCGAGACCAAGGCCGCCCCCGCCGCCGAGCAGGAGGCGCCAAAAGCGGAGGAGCCCGCGUCGGCGACACAGGAGCCGGCCCCCGCCUCCAGUCCGGAGGCCCCGGCGGCGGAGGCGGCCCCGUCCGCGGAGUAAGGCCAGGCACCCCCCCGGAGCGACGCACGAGAUGAGAAUAAGAAAAAAAAA